AUGGAACCUAAUACAGAUUUGGCCAACGAGCUUGCAGUGCACACUAUGGAGAAUGAUGUAUCUGCUACAUAUAUGAAUCCAUUCACUUUUCUACUAUGGCUCGUUUGGAUACUCUUGACUCGAAUCUCCUACACUUUGAUCUACUUGUUACGGGGAAUACUCUCUGCUACGUUCCAGAUCACCUUCUCGGUCCACUCCAUCAUAUAUCUGUUGCUGAUUUUGGCACCCCCUCUAUACGGUUAUAUCAGAUACUCAUAUCUGGAGAGUUACUCGAAAUUGCCAAAGGAUUCAAAGAGGCAAAACCCAACUAUUGAUACAUUUAUUGAUUCCAAUGAUGACAAUGAGAAAAACCACACAAAGUCUUACCUUGACAAGUUUUUGUCCGCAAUCAAAAUCUUUGGUUAUUUGGAUAAUGCAGUCUUCCACGAAUUGACUAAAUCACUGCAAACUCAAAAGUUGGAUUCCGGAGAAAUCAUCAUUUUGGAUGAAUGCAAGGGGUUUUCCAUCUGUGUUGAAGGUGAAAUCCAGGUCUAUUCGAAAAUCGCAGACCUUUCCUCUAGAAUUAACGACCAAAUCAACCCAUUGUUUGUCAGAGAUGAUAACUACAACGUUGUUAUUGUAGACGGCGUCAAAUAUCAAUUACUCAACAUCAUCAAAAGCGGCAACCCUUUAUCCUCAUUUAUUACAAUAUUGGAGUUGUUAACCAGUACUCAAAACACAUUGACCAGCAUGAACCCAACCCCAAAUCUCAACCAAACGAGACAUCUACCUCACUUGCCUAGGGAUAACUUCACUUUGGAUCGUUCUGUAUCAGAUGAUGUGCUGUCAAGCUCGACUCCUCCUAAGAAUUCCCCUGAACUUAUUGCGAUUCCUAAAAGCUCCUGUACUAUUUCGAUGAUUCCAAAGGAGUCAUUCACUAGAAUUGCAACCAAAUAUCCAAAGGAUACUUCACAUAUAGUGCAGAUGAUCCUGACAAAGCUCUAUAGAGUUACUUUUCAAACGGCACACAAUUUUCUUGAUUUGACACCAAAUAUUUUUCAGACUGAAAUCAACGUAAACCAAAAUUUUGAUAAAAUAGACCAAAAAUUACCAAACUAUCUUCGAGAUUUGGCUAUUAACUAUAUUGAAGAACAGGAACAUUCAAAUGUGGAUUCUUCAGCGCAUUCUAUCAGAAGUAAAAAAAGAAGUUAUGGCUAUAGAGUCAAAAGCAAACAUAUGAGGCAUCCCUCUAUGACAACUAGGCAUUCCAAAAAUUUUGACAAAUCUAGCCAUUCACCAUCUUCGCCUAUUUACUCCAGGUUGGAUAGGACAAAUUGUAACAAUGAAAGUAGUUUAUCUGUGCGUAUGACAAACUCGACAUCCACUCCCUUGGAUAGUUUUGACACACUUCUACGGGAUGAUCAUGGGCGUACCAUCUCUGCUGAUUAUCAGCCAACCUUUGAGCAUUCAAAUGGAUCAGCGACAUCCAGUGUCGGUACUAAUAACUCUAGUAAAUUGAAUAAAGCUCAUAAGUCCCGGUCUAGGCACUUCACUUUGGAUCACAGAAAUACAGCAAAUCCAGGUGACUUGCUUUCCAACGUUCCGCUCCCAAGAAAUUCUGAUGUAAAUUUGAGGAUGAAGUCAAAUAUAUCACAAUUAGAAUUGGAUGAAUUGAAAGAUAGAACUUUUAGUGCAGAUGAUGAAGAAACGGGGCAAUCGACAUUACGUACUGCUUUGGCAGAGCGUAUCUCUUCGAUUAUCGGUUUAAACAAACACAACUUUCCGAUCGAACCGUCUCAGAAGGAAAAUUCAAACUCAAGGUUAAACAUGCUGAGCUUUUCCCCAUUGAUUAGCGCCUCUGAUAUAUCAAGCAGUAUCAGACAUGUCAAAGAGUCGGAUCGUGAGGCAUCCAGGCAUUCAAAAAUCAGAACUUUCUCAACGACGAGCAUGGACGCAUUUGAUACAGAAGAAGCAGAUAAUUCAUCCGCUAGCUCAGACCCUUACAAAUCCUUGGCCACAUAUGAGAGCAUAAAACGUGAAUUCUCUGAAGAAAUCAGACUAUUCAAAGUGAGCAAAGGUACGAAGCUGAUAAAAUCAAACGAACAAACCUUGGGCAUUUAUUUUGUUAUUAAUGGCUCGUUCGAUGUCACAUAUUGGAGAAAUGAGAUUGAUUUGAUAACUAACUAUAUUGAUGAUCCCAAAGCUAAGAACUUAGGCGAGGAUAGUUUAAUUGAGGAGUAUCUGUAUACCGUUAAUGAAGGUGAUAUUGCUGGAUAUUUGGGUACAUUGAUUGGGUCAAAAUCCUUUGUUGAUGUGACCGCUAAGAGAGAUUCGUAUGUUGCUUUUUUAUCCAGGGAAUUCUUUGAUUUACUAACUGAAAAGUAUCCACAGUUACAAUUGAGUAUUGCACGUUUGUUACUAAAUGUACUAGACAGGAAGUUAUACCUUAUUGAUUAUGCGAUGGAAUGGAUUCAUACAUAUGCAGGCGACAUUUUAUACCGACAAAGUGACCCAGCCAAUGGUAUUUAUUUGGUCCUAAAUGGUAGAUUUAGAUCACUAACAAGAACUAGUGAAAAUGGUCAAUAUGUGAUUCUAGGAGAGCAUGGGCAAGGUGAAUCCAUGGGUGAGAUUGAAGUUUUAACAAAGAGCAAAAGACUCAACACUGUAGUUUCAAUCAGAGACAGUGAACUUGCGAGAAUUCCACGUACUUUAUUUGAAAUCAUUGCAUUGACCAAUCCUUCGAUUAUGGUUAGUAUCUCUAGGAUUGUUGCUAAUCGAGUGAAAAAUAAUGGUUUAUUGUUGGAAAAUAAUGCAAAUAUGGUAGCAACAGCAUCCACACAUAUUAAAGAUGAACCUAUGGUUCAGAGUUUCAACAACUAUAAAACUUUGACAUUACUACCAGUUUCCCAAGAUAGUAUUCCGCUAUCAGAAUUUGCUGAAAAGUUAGGUCAUGCGCUAGAGAAAAUAGGCAAAGAUGUUAUAAUAUUAAAUCAAACGGCGGCAUUGAGCAAUCUUGGUAAACAUGCCUUUGACAAAUUGGCCAAGCUGAAACAAGGUGGUUUUUUCUCGGAAUUAGAAGAAAAGUAUGAUUUUGUUAUUUAUGUAUGUGAUUCCGGUGUCAACUCUAACUGGACUAGCACAUGCAUCCAACAGGGGGAUUGUAUUUUAUUGCUUGCGGAUUCCAUGCAAUCUCCAGAUGUUGGAGAAUAUGAAAGGUUGUUGGUAAAGUCUAAAACUACAGCUAGAACCGAACUAGUUUUAUUGCAUCCAGAGAGGUAUAUCGAACCUGGGUCUACAAAUAAAUGGUUAAAGAAUAGAAUAUGGGUUCACGCACAUCACCAUAUUCAAUUACAGUGCCAUAUUGACCACUCAACCGGGCCCGAUGCAAAAACUUUGAUUAAUCAGAUUGAUUCAUUGACCACUUUGAGAUCUACAAUAAGUAGAAAACUUACUAAUAACAUCAAGUCGAAGGUUGAAAAUGCUGUUGCAAAUAACGAGUUCUGGCAAUUUUUGAAACAAACAAAAGAGGAGUUCAGGUCUAAACGAUACUAUCAACCACUGCAAGAGCAUAAAGACGAUUUUUUGAGGCUUGCGAGAAUAUUGACAGGACAAGCUAUUGGUUUGGUUCUAGGUGGUGGUGGAGCUAGGGGUAUUAGUCAUGUAGGUGUUAUCAAAGCUUUAGAAGAUCAUGGUAUUCCAGUCGAUGUUAUUGGAGGUACUUCUAUUGGUGCCUUUGUUGGAGGUCUCUACGCCAAAGACUAUGAUUUUGUUCCUGUGUAUGGCCGUGUUAAAACGUUUGCAGGAAGAAUGUCAUCACUAUGGCGCUCGCUGUUUGACUUAACAAUUCCGCUUACCUCAUACUUAACUGGGCAUGAUUUCAAUAGAGGUAUUUGGAAAGCAUUUGGAGAUGCAAGAAUCGAAGACUUUUGGAUCAAGUACUAUGCAAAUUCUACUAACUUAACGGAUUCUGUGAUGGAAGUGCAUACUAAUGGCUAUGCCUGGAAAUAUAUAAGGGCAUCCAUGACUUUGGCAUCCUUAUUACCACCGAUUACUGAUGACGGCAAUAUGCUCCUGGAUGGUGGUUAUAUAGAUAAUCUAACGGUGACGGAAAUGCAAAGACGAGGAGUAAAGCAUAUCAUUGCUGUCGACGUCGGUUCUGUUGAUGAUCGUAGCCGGAUGGAAUAUGGUAAUUCUUUGAAUGGUUGGUGGGUUUUGAUCAAUCGCCUGAAUCCAUUCAGCAGUCAUGCAAAUGUUCCGACAAUGGCGGAUAUUCAAAUGAGACUCGCUUACGUUGCCAGCGUCAAUGCAUUAGAGCGUGCAAAAAAUAGCAAAGGCUGCUCUUAUCUAAGACCGCCAAUUGAAAACUAUGCGACAUUGGCGUUUGGUAAGUUCCCCGAAAUUUACAAUGUCGGAUUAGACUACGGGAACAGCAUGGCCGGAUCCGUAAUGAAGGAGUUAAAUAUCAAUUCCAAAAGAAAAGAGUUCAUACCAAACCGUAAAAAUAGAAGAAGAUACUCCAUGUAG